AUGCCGAACAAUUGUUCAACCAUCAUCAAGCGUAAGAAAGAUAUGCUCAAUCAGAUCUUACGAAGCAACAGCGAUGGUAAACUUCAAGAUGAUAUAAUUGAAACAACAGCUGAAUUACGUAUCUCCGGUGCGCGUAAAACUUCGGCGCACGGAUCUCCAACAACACCUUAUCGAUCGAAUUUCUUUCCAAACAAUCGUGUACAGCCAGCGUCGACUGAUCCAUAUGAUACACAUCUACCAACAAUACGAUACACGAAAGGAAAUGUCGAUCGGCAUCAUCCAUCACACGAUGAAUACCAUUCUCGUGGACGUCCUAAAACUCCUCUAGUUACUGCUAGUCCGAAAAGUAGUGGCUGUACGCCAUCUGCAUCGAUUUCUUCGAUAUUCAAUGCAUUUGGUAAACGUUCGACGGAAAAUUUAAUGAGUCCACAUGGAGAGUUCGAGGAGAUUAUUUCGGCAAGUCCAACACCAUUGAGUCGUCGAUCACAACGCGCAAGUAAAAGAAAUGGAAUUAAUCAGAAUAUAAUCUUGUCGCAAAGACAGCUAACGGAUAGUGGAGUCGAUUUUCGUUUCUCCAGUAGUUCAGGUGAUACAAAUCAACAUUCGAAUUCGCGACCUUUGAGAACAUCAUCCAAGCCUCGAGUCACUCCAGCACACAUAAAAAUGGAUUCUUCUCGUGGACCAGAAUUACUCACUAGAGAACGGACGAAUCAUGGCCAACUGUAUCAACGUCGUACUAAUAAUACUAUCAAAACUCCAACGAAACAAAAGAUUGACAAAUAUCGUCGUCGUUCUGAAGAAGUUAUUCAAGCCGCAUAUGGACAUCCGUCGACUAAUUCAUCGCCCAACAAUGCUCUAUGCACUCGUCCGAAACCACCACCACCAACACCAACACCGACAAAAUCUCAUCGUGUGGCAUCAAAUGCUGAUAUCGAAGCUCAUCUGAAGACACUCCGCUUGUCAAUAAAUCCAAAUCUACCUCAAACAGUCGAACCAUCUCAUAAUUUAUCACACCCGUAUCCAAGUCAUCGCAUUAAAUCUCCAUAUCUAUAUCCUCCACAGCAACAACUCGUCUCAGCUAUUCUACCAACAUCCAAUCCUCCGACACCGCUAGUUCGUAUUCGUCGAAGUCAAGCAGCAAACCUACCCACAGCUGCAGCUAGCUCAUCUCAACAUCACCAUCAAACAUUUAUAGCAUCACGUCAUAUGUCCACGGUAGAGAAUCAUUCAUUAGAAUCUGAUCCUGAGCAACAAAAACUUAUGCGUAUACUUAAUUGGAUUGAGAAAGUUGAAGAGCAUCGUCGUCAACAAUCUGAUCAUGACAAAUUGAUUAUCGAACAAAACAGACGUAUGGAAACUCAAGAAGACGAUCUAUCUCUAUACUCUGAACUUCAAUUUGCCGUCGACGAUCUACCAGCAAAUACAAGCGGACAACCAUGUGAGAGAAUAGUGACCAUAGAUUUUGAUAAAUAA